AUGGCCCGAACGGAUGAGGCAGCUGCCUUCUUUGCUGCGGUCUACAGCGCGGUGCAGGAGAUUCCACCCGGAAAGGUGACCAGCUACGGGCACAUCGCCAAGCUGGUCGGAACACCCCAGCGUCCUCGCCAGGUAGGCGUUUGCCUUAAACAUCUCUCGCAUGAUCAAGGCGCCCGAUUCAACAACAGUACUGUUCCCUGGCAAAGAGUCAUCAACGCCAAGGGCAUGAUUUCUCCGAGAUCCCAACCUUCAGGGGCUCGGAACCAGGCAACUGUACUUCAGGCGGAGGGCGUCACCGUGUCUACGGGAUCGCUGGGGGAGCUGACAGUUGAUUUUGCCGAAUUUGGCUGGUUUCCACGCUCAUUGCCAUCCGAGGAGGAAGAAUAUGAUUCAGAAGACGAAAUUAAGAACGAAGAUACAGAGUAA